CUAUCGAUUAUAUUAUAUCAAGCGGUAUGCCGGUAUCUAUUAGAGCGAGCGUAAAAUAUUAUUAGUUUUUAGUCAGUAGUCGCCUGAUCACCGGUACGAAAAAUUGUGCUCCUGCCAUAAUAAUAUUUAAGAAAACUCAAAACAGUAAAAAAAUGUCUUUAAUUUUCAACAAAAAGUACAAGCUAGACACCAGUGAAAAUUUCGACGAAUACAUGAAAGCUCUGGGCGUCGGUUUGGUAAAACGUACAUUGGGCAAUACUGCAACUCCGGUGGUGGAACUGAUCAAAAAGGAGAACGGUAAAUUGGUGUUGACAUCGAUCUCAACUAUGAAAAACUCAUUUAUCGAGUUCAACCUCGAUGAGGAAUUCAUCGAGGAGACGAUUGACAACCGCAAAGUUAAUUCAAUCAUCAGACAGGAUGGAAAUAAGUUGGUGCACAUUCAGAAAUCCGACAAGCAUAGCGACACCACAAUCGUCAGAGAAUUCAAUCCCGAUGAAUUGAAAAUGACCCUAACUAUCGACGGAAUCACCUGCACCAGAAUCUACAAACCAGUCGACUAAAUACUUAGGAUACAAUAUUACAAUAAUAUAUUACAUUGGUGAACAAUUCAGUGGAUUUGGAUAUUCACUGCAGUCCUAUGAAAAAUUUGGCCCACUGCCUACACUGCUCACAUAAUAUAAUUGUGUUAAAUAUGAUGCGAUUACACGAAAAUAAACAGUCAAAACAUUUUUAA